AUCAUGAUCCUGUUCUCCUCGCGCAGUGUUCUGCUGUCAGUCUACUACCCGCAGAUCUUCCUCAUCCUCACCAGCGGCAGUUACCUGGCCCUGUCCUCAGUGGUGGCUCUGGGCGCCAACAUCAUCUGCAACAAGAUUCCCGGGCUGGCACCUCGUCAGCGGGCCAUCUGCCAGAGCCGCCCGGACGCCAUCAUUGUUGUGGGCGAGGGCGCCCAGAUGGGCAUCAAUGAGUGUCAAUAUCAGUUCCGCUAUGGACGCUGGAAUUGUUCGGCGUUGGGGGAAAGGACGGUCUUCGGGCAGGAGCUGCGUGUAGGCAGCCGGGAGGCGGCGUUCACCUACGCCAUCACGGCGGCGGGUGUGGCCCACGCCAUCACGGCGGCGUGCAGCCAGGGCAACCUGAGCCAGUGCGGCUGCGACCGGGAGAAGCAGGGCUACUAUAAUCAGGAGGAGGGUUGGAAGUGGGGAGGGUGCUCGGCCGACAUCAAGUACGGCAUCGAGUUCUCCCGGCGGUUUGUCGACGCCCGGGAGAUUAAGAAGACCCCACGUCGCCUGAUGAAUCUGCACAACAAUGAGGCGGGGAGAAAGGUUCUAGAAGAAAGGAUGAAGCUUGAGUGCAAGUGCCACGGCGUCUCGGGCUCCUGCACCACCAAAACGUGUUGGACGACGCUCCCCAAGUUCCGGGAGAUCGGCUACGUGCUCAAGGACAAAUACAACGAAGCCGUGCACGUGGAGGUGAUGCGGGCCAACCGCCUGCGACAGCCCAGCCACCUGAAGGUGAAGCAGACUCAGGGCUACCGCAAGCCCAUGGACACGGACCUCGUGUACAUCGAGAGCUCGCCCAACUACUGCGAGGAGGACGCGGCCACGGGCAGCGUGGGCACCCAGGGGCGCCUUUGCAACCGCACCUCGCCGCACACGGACGGCUGCAACCUCAUGUGCUGCGGGCGGGGUUACAACACGCACCAGUAUACCAAAGUGUGGCAGUGCAACUGCAAGUUCCAGUGGUGCUGCUUCGUCAAGUGCAACACGUGCAGCGAGCGGACGGAGGUGUUCACCUGCAAGUAGAGGACCACGGAACGCCAGAUAAGGACCAGUGAGAGAUUUUUUGGCCAUCGACACUACCAGCUCUUCACGGCAUCGUUUUGCACACAAGAAUCUUUAAUUUGCUUUUCACAGAGUAAAACGCAAACUACCAGUAGGCGACUUCACGCCAGGAUGUACGCAGUGACCACAACACGGUGAGAAGUGCACUCUGGGAUUUUAAGACCCACAAGAGCCUUUGUCAAUGAGCGAAAACCUCCAUGAGUUUUCUGAGUGCGUCAGCGGACUUGGACGACCGCCCCCGAGUCCCAUGCCGAAUUGGCUCGGGGCGCACAUUGGGACACAAUUUUGUAAGCAAGGUGCGUUGAGGUGUACCCAAAAAAUUAAAAUAUUGAGCGGAAAACUCUGCGGAAGCUUCUGCUGCCAACUGGAAUAUGGUGGAGUUAAUGUUAGUCUUCCAGUCACACUGGAACUGUCUGUUCUGCACACUGAAAUAUAAAUUGUUUAUUUAUGUAAUAGUAUCUUUAAAAAAAAACAAAAAACAAAGCACUAACGGGUAGAGAUGUCUUUUUUUUUGUACUAAGUGUAAAGAAAGUACUUUAGGAGCUCUGACUGAAGCUGUAUGUCUUUAAGAAAACACCCCCAUCCGACCCUUAAAACACCUCAUCUUCUCUUGUUAAAAAGAGCCUCUUUAAAACGUGUCUCGCAUUCCCAACACCUUGGCUCUAUUUAAGUGUUGCAUCGUUUGUUUUUCUCGCGCUCCGUUGCUGGCGCGGGGUGACGUCUCGUUGGAUGUUCGAGCGGCGGGAAUGUUCCUGGAAGCUGGAUGUUGUUGUCGAGUGCUGCACUGAUACUUUCUCUUCAUUCGUGCUAAAUAAAAGUCCCCAUUUGAAAAGUACUCACCAAAGGCACGUCUAUUUAUGUUGUCGCUGACCGUUGAGUUGCCUCUACGCACUCACUUAACAUUACUUUACAUUAGCAA